UCACAUGGCUACUCCCGUCAGGACGUCUCAUUCAUUAAGCCCCAUCAUGUGAAUCCAUAAAGGGGCACGUGGUGCGGGCAGGGAUUCCUUCUCUCCCUCCCGAGCUCCCCGUCGUCUCCCUGGUCAUCUCCCUGGUGCGUCCGUCUCUCUGUCACAUUCCCCUGGAGACAUCGCGCGCUGCCCGCCUCUCUGUCCAUCUCCCUGACUGCAUCUCUCGCCUCUUCCCUGGAGGCAUGGACAGGCCGGCGGUGCUGCUGCUGGCGGCGGUGGUCGGAGUCGCGUUCACGGUGUCGCGAUGCGACUGCACGAGGCGAUGGGGACCCUCGCCGCACCACCGCCACGGGCCGCCGCGACGGGAGACCAGGGGACCCGUGGACCCCGGAGUCCUGCCGGGGUGGCCCGCCAACGAUCCUCGCUGGCUCGGUGCCGGAGGAGGCGCCCGGGUCACGGUGGAGGUCACCAACGACUGCCCGACCCUGACCGGGGCGCGGGCCACGUUCAGCGCGCGCCUCCGCGUCCCCCGGGAGCUCGAGGCGGCGUGGAGAGACGCGGAGCCCCUCAACGACGCGCACCCAGACUGCGGCUCAGGGAGGCACCCUGGACCCUACCGGGGAGGCAGAGAGGACCUCCUCAGCGGGGACCCGGCGAGGAAGGGGCCACGCUUCGUCUACGUGUGGAGCGGCCUGGGUCGCUCGUGGCAGGUGCCCGGUAACGCGACCUCUGGGCUGGUGCUGGAGACGCGGGGGGUCCCCCUGGGCUCGCACCCCGUGUCCCUCGUGGUCUACCGUCGUGGGGGCUCCCGACAGUUCGUGCCCGUGGCACGCGCCUCCUCGCAGUUCGCCGUCACGGACCAAGUCCCCUUCUCGGUGGAGCUCAGCCAGUCCGCCGUAGCAGCCGCGGGCUCCGGGCAAGAAGAAGAGUUAGCGGUGGGGGGUGAGGACGCGAGAUCGCCGGGGCCGCGGCGGCAGCGCUUCGUGGCCGGGCCCAACGUGCUGUUCGAGGCGCGGCUGCACGACCCGAGCGGCUUCCUGCGCGGAGCCGACGUCUCCUUCUCGUGGGACUUCGGGGACGGCUCGGGCCUCCUCAUCUCUCGCCUCGCGCACGCCCUCCACUCGUACGCCGGGCCCGGCGCGUACGCGGCGCGGCUCGCCGUGCAGGCCACCGUGCCCGCGCCCUGCGCCACCACCGCCGCCGCCGCCGUCAGCGCCGCCACCGGCACCGGUACGGCCGCAGCCAGCGCCGCUACAGCCACCGCGGUAACAACGACGGCAGCCGCCGCCGGCAACACCACGACAGCGGCUACUGACGCCACCGUGGUCGGCAGCACCACGGAGAGCGCCUCCACUGCUGCCCCGGGGGAGCCCAGCGCCACCACAUCCCGCGCAGUUGGAGGGGGUCUCACAGUCGCCGAACCGUACGGCACCACCGCCAUCCCCAGCUCCCCGAGCGGGACCUCUGCACCGUCGCGAGUCCUCGACGGAGCCGCCGCCGCCGCUGCCCGGGAGAGUCCGGAGCUGAACCUCCUCCUCCUCCUGAGCCAGGAGUUAUCCGGGCAGGAUCGCCCCACCGACUGUCCCCUCUAUCGCUACGGCACCUACAGCACCACGGUGGAGGUCGUGGAUGGAAUCGCCACGGCGGAGGUGCGGAGGGCCGUGUCGGUGGCGCAAGGGGGAGUGCACUUCUUCACACCGCACGCUCUGCUCGACUUCGAGGUGGAAAGCCACGGCGGCAGUACCCCCACGAAGCUGUGCAGCGAGCUUCUCUCCGAGGACUGCGCCGACUCGCUGGGAGAGGCGGCGUGCGAGCCCGUGGCCCCGGGCACCUGCGCGGCCGAUUCCCGGGUUUGCUCCCUGGUCCUGCGCCGGGAGUUCCACUCCGCGGGGAGCUACUGCCUUCGGGUGACCGUGGCGGACGCACUCAGCAGAGCCUCCGCCACCACUCGCCUGAGCCUCCAGAGCAUCUCCGAGUCGGCCUCACUGGAAGCCGCUGUCAUCAUUGGAGCCUUCGCGGUGGUGCUGGUGAUUGGACUUGCAGUUCUCAUGCACAGGCGAGGAGCGCUCACGGCUGACGCCGCCACCGCGUGGAGCCGCCCGGGAGAGGAGGAGGAGGAGGCGGCGGGGGCGGUGCGGGGAGGCGGCGGUGUCGGCGCGGGGUCGCGGUGGCCGCGGCGGUGGUGGCUCAGUGGCCUCGGCGCCAGCGUGCGCGACCUGCUGGCCACCCAGAGCGACACCAAGCACGCCCUGCUCGUCAACGCCUGACGGGGGCCGUUCCCCCACCCCGCCCUCGCCAGGGGACACGGCGCUGUCUGCUGCUGCUGCUGUCUCCUGCUGCUGCUGUUGUUGUCUCCUGCUGCUGCGCCCACGGUCACACUAAACCAUGAUGGCCCCAGUGCUGGCGAUUGAAGCAGCGCUUCAUAGAUGUUGUGAGAUAAACACUCCGUGUGAUUCCUCCCCCCCAACACCACCACCGAUUGACUUCUCAUGAUUCGGGGUCGUAAUUAUAUUUGCGAUGAUGAGGAUGAUGACAUUGUCUUGUUGUCUGUAGGCUCGUGUCUGUCUCGUUUGUAACGUUUAGUUUGUAUUGUCUGUCCUGUUUCUCAUCCUUACCGUCUCGUUUGUGUUGUCCGUGGAUUUUAUAUUGUCUCGUUUGUAUUGUACCGUAUCAUUUGUUCUGUGCAUAUCGUUUGCAUUGUCUGAUUUGUGUGCUCGUUUUUACUGUAUUCGUUGCAUUGUCCGUGUCUUUUGUACCGUCUCGUUUGUGUUGUCCGUCUGAUCCCGCCACGUUCGCCCCAUCAGCCCAUUACCCCGAAGUGUAACUUGCUUGUAAUUUGCAUACGCGUUCCAUCAAUAUAAAAUUACAGAAUCUUACACGCUUGA